UCAAAAUCAUGACCAAACUUCAUUUCUGAAUUGCAGCCAACUUAAGCAGCAUAGUGAGACAAGGAUUCACUUUUCAGACGGGACUUUAUAUAGUAAGAAGGGAAGUAAGAAUGGAACAAAUGGUGGUAGAUACGAGUUUUCAGUGUUUUGCCUGCUUUGUGCACGGACCAUCCCAGGCAGACAAAGUCGUUCCCUCCGCCCUGUGUCCUCACGUCCCUCUCCCCGCCUCUGGGCACCGACUUCUCCGCUUUCUCCUUCUCCCGGCCACCGCCUGAUGAAUAAUUCAGAAGGAUUUGUGCUCGCUGCACGCCUGUCCUGCUCGUGGUGGUGUUGACUCUGGGCUCUGUCUGCUCUCACCGAAGAGGCUGUGGUCUGGCCGAGCAGGGAGGAGAAUGGCAGACGCAGGAUGAAGUUCCCAAAGGGAGCCGGCGUUUCGUGAUGGCAAAGCUACGGGACGAAAAGACCACGGAGGGCCAUAGGGAUGCUCCCAGCCGUUUGGGAUACACCUCCGUGCAGUCUGUCACCAUCUGCACGAACCUCCCUGAGCACCAGUGCGGCAAGAUCUGGUUUCCUAGGAGGAGCCGCUCCUGGGGAGGCUGAGCAGAGCCGUGCUGGGAGCCCACAGGACGCUGUGAUCCCUCCCCGCCUUUGCCUGUGGGAGGUGGGCCCUGGUGCCGGGCCUUGCUGUGGGCUCCCCCACAGGCGGGCAGUUCACAGUGCGGUGCUCCGGACAGACAGGUGCAAGCAGUGCCCCGGGCGGCUUUGGCUACGCAGAACACCGAGCAUGACUAAUCCCGGCACCAAGGGGUCAUUCCUCUCACAGCCGAUGGUGAAAAGCGUGCUGGUAUAUCGCAACGGGGAUCCUUUCUUUCCAGGACGUCGCAUUGUCAUCAACGAGAAGAAAGUGUCCAAUUUUGAAGUCUUUCUGAAAGAGGUGACCGGUGGGGUGAAGGCACCUUUUGGAGCUGUGCGUAACAUCUAUACGCCUCGGGCUGGGCACCGUGUCCGGCAGCUGGAGGAGCUGCAGAGUGGAGAGCAGUAUGUGGCUGGUGGCAGGGAAGCCUUCAAGAAACUCAACUAUUUGGACAUAGGAGAAACAAAGAAAAAGCCUGCUGAAGUCAAUAAUGAGGUCAAGCCAGUUACUCACAGUAGAAUCACUGCGUCAGCACGGUUUCGAAAACCAUUCCAGGAGCCCUACACAAUUUUCCUGAUUGCUAAUGGAGACCUUAUUAGCCCUGUAGUGCGACUCCUUAUUCCCAGGAAAACUCUGAAUCACUGGGACCACAUUCUUGAAAUGGUUACAGCAAAGGUUUCCCUCAGAAGUGGAGCUGUUCACAGACUUUACACUUUAGAUGGAAAACAUGUUCAGAAUGGGUCAGACUUGGAGAAAGGGCAAUUUUAUGUUGCAGUGGGUAGAGAAAAGUUUAAGAAGUUACCAUAUGGUGAGCUGCUGUUUAGCAAAUCUACAAGGCCACAGGGUUCUAAAGGAUCGGUACUGCCCCCAAUUGCAGGAUCUCGAAAAUCUAAAGGCAGUGGAAAUGAUCGGCAGUCUAAAUCUACUGUUGGAUCCAGUGACCCUGGGGAGACCAGUUCCUCACCUCAGCUUCCAAUAGAGAAGGCCAAAAAAUGCCAUAAUCCAGAGGAUUCUGUGUCCAGAGGACACAGUUCUAACAAAUCUACGAAAGCAAAUCAAACAGCUUCCACAAGAUUCCUGCAAGGUAAUGGUGAAGGGAUUUACAGAGCUAGAGAAAAACGAUCCGAAGUGUGGGGGGCAGCUGAAGUUCAAGAAGAUGAAGACACUCGUGUAGAAGUUCCAUUGGACCAGAGGCCAGCAGAAACUGUAGAUGAAGAAGAAAAUGCAGAAGAAGAAGAUGACAGAGGAGAGGAGGAAGCAUAUAAACAGAAGGAAGAACAUCCAGAAGUAAAUGGAGAGGAAAGUGGGGAAACUGUUACGAAAAGUAACAGAGGAGAAAAUAAGAAUAAAUUAAAUGGGAAUUAUGAACACAAAACAGAAGAAACAGAAAAUGUUGACCAGGCAGAGGAAGAGGAGCUCACCCAUUUAAAUGGCAAGAUAAAUAAAGACAGUGGUAGGCUGAUGGAGCAUAUGAACAGCCACGAUGAUCUCCAGCAUGAAGAGGAUGUAAAAGAGGAUUAUUCUGGCAGUCAGGACCAGGUUGAUUCCCAUCAUGAAAAAACAUCCAGAAAUCCAAGGGUGACAAUCACUAGCCCACAGGAAAGUGAAAAAAAGGACCAGAGCAAUGGCUAUGCUGCAGUUGCAUAGAUACAAGGAAAUGUAAUCAGUGGGAAAUGAAAUACUUUCAAGCAUGUUAUUUUAUGAUGUAUAGCUUAAAAUGGAAAGAUAGAUUGAGUACACACAUAUUGAGUCUUGAGAUGAUAAUGGCAUAUAGAAUAACAGGACAUAAACCUUAAUAUCUACUAAAUAAAACUGAGUUAUUUUUACAAGAUGUGAAAUUUCUGCUGGAAUUUGAGAGAAGAAAUGUAAUACUACUACAUAGUAAUGUUAGAAACAUUAGAAGUAAACUAUUUUGUGGUAUAAAAUGGUUAUCAGUAGCAGAGUCAACUAUACAAAUGACAGUUGUCAAGAAAAAGGGUGAAUAAGUUAAAUAUCAGAACUUCUUUGCAUGUUCAUUUAGAAAAGAGAAAUAAUUUGUGACUUUUAAGGAUAACAUAAGUAGUUUUUCCCAUUGAAAUUCCACAUGAUAUAUUCUAUUUCCAAGAGUAACUUUAAGAUAGAAAUAGAAUGCUUUGCUCACUUAAAGGGUAGCAAAUAAGAUGAGUCCCAAUAUUACUGGAUAGUAGCUUUCAGUAUAUUAAUUGGAAUAACUUUUUUUUUGUUUGCAUUCUUAAAUAGCACUUUUUUUAGCAUUGUGAAGAUAGGUUGGCAGCCUGCAGUGCUGCAGCUUAUUCACACUUGCAACAGUAAGUUUUGUUGGUUGUUCUGCACCAGUUCACCAUGCAGUGGAUUGUUAUUAUAGUGAAAAAAGAAUAAAGCACAGGUAUGCAGCAGGUCAGACACGGAGCAGAUCAAUUUGAUUAUACUCCAGUUCAAGUGAAAUCUAAUUUAUUAAUGGAAAAAAAUGAAGAGGCCCGGAUUCAGACUGAAAUUAGCAUGAAAUCAUUGUUAUCAGUGGAGCCAUUUUAAUAUGAAACACAUUAACAUAAGAUUACUAGUUUACUGUAAAAUUCAGCAGCUGUUGUUGUGUUUAUAAUCCCUUACAUAGCCUUAAUGCUUGAAAGCUUAUUAUCAUCUUUUUGGUUUAGCAGGUUCCUGAUAGGCUGUGGCUUAAUUUGCAUUAGAAAACAAGCCAUUGAUCCCCAGUAUUAGCUCUUUUAAUGACACCAACACCAUUACUCUUACCAGUUCUCUCUUAGUAAUAGCAAUUAUUUGUAGAUCAUGAAAUCCAGCCCUGAGCAUAAUUUCAUUAAUUAUACAAAAUACAUAGUGAGUUUCCCUAUCGUUAAUGCUGGUAAAUUAUGACGAUGAGAAAUUAAAUGUCAUUUUUGUUGAUUUCGUGCUAUUAAGACCAAAAUUACAUUCGGGAACAAAUUGAACUUGAAGCACUGUUUGAAGGAAGUGUAGAAAAAUUACUGUGACUGAAACUCAUAGAAAUAUCUGCACUUUUCUACCAACCAGACAGGGAAGCUCCGUCUCAGCCUACCUUCUGAAACUUCUUGUAGAGCCCACCAAGGAAAAUGGCUAGUGCUCCAUCACCACUCCUUUAGAGGUGCAUAGACCAGCAGUC